CUGUCUGUUUUGAAGGGUUAAAAAAGUCGCAUUUUUUAAACUUCAUAUGUGUGACUAGACAACCCUCCUGAACUGUAAAUCUGUCAUUUCUCCCAACAUAAUCUCUAGGCCGUGCCGAGUUCAACAAGAUCUCCCGCUUGACCAUAGCUCGCUCGGUCUGACCACAGUGACCAUGCAAAAAAGUAGUCUCAUGUAGCAGGCUUUGUCUGCGUAAAAAGUAAUCUCAUGUAGCUCACUCGGUCUGACCGGUGACCGCAGGGACCAUGCAAAAAAAGUAGUGUCAUGUAGCUCACUCAGACCGGUCUGACCGCAGGGACCGUGCAAAAAAGUAAUCUCAUGUAGCUCACUUUGUCUGAUCAUAGGGGCCAUUUAAAAAAAGUAGUCUCAUCAAUGUGAUUGUUUUUAAUGGGAAAAUAGAGAAUUUGACUAUGAGAUGACAAUAUAGUAGUUUGGGGAGUAUUUUCUAUAAUAGAAUGUAUUUGACUACAAGCAAAGUAUGGGCCUCAUCCUGAGCAUUCUCAAAUGGAAAAACACAGAGUUUGAUCAUGUGCUGACAGAGAGAGGGAGGAGUUUGGGGAGUGUUUAAAAUGAGAAGAGUGAUUUUUUUCUAAAAGGCUGCAUUUCACUUUGAGCUGACAAGGAGAGUGGUGAGGAGUGGUUUUAUGUAUAUUUCUGAGUAUCAAUUAAGCAGCCAGAAGCAUUAUACUUUCUUUAUUGCUUAAGGGAUUGUGUUAAGUUUUUUAUUUACUAUUAUUUCCCUUUUCAAUAGAAUAGAAUAGAAUAGAAUAGUAUAGAAUAGUAUAGAUGGCUCCAGUGCGCUCAUGUCCAAUAUGCUAUAAGGUUGUGAUUGGCUUCAGUCAGCACCUUAGAUAUGUACACCAUGUGAGGAACAGUGAGGAAAGGGUACUCCUGUGUAGGUGGCAGUCGGGCCGCAUCAAUGUCAGGCAGGAGCAGUGUCCAGUGUCAGGAUGCUCCACACAUCUUAGCAGAUUAGACCGGCAUAUGGACUCCCACUCAGAGCUCAACAGAGCACAGAGGAGACAGGUUUUAGAGGACCUUAGGAGACGGCUGACGAUGGAGAGGCUGGCGGUGUUGAGGGCAUCGAUCCCUGCCAUCCCAAUGGCGACAGAUUUAGAUAUUGUGGAGACUGUAAGGAAAGAAGAAGAGGAUGAGGAGGAAAUGUUAUGUUCACCUACAGAAGCAGAGGAGGAAGUGGACUGCAAAGAGGAUUCCUGCCACUGCCAUGCGCCGAUCCUACGACUGAAAAAGGCUGUGCAAGAGAGGGAUGAAGCACUGCAUACAAGAAGUGAGACCAACAAAUCCAUUAAAAAGGACAACCUGAAGUUGAUCUCUGAUCUGCAAAGGGCGAGGAAGAAAUACCAGCUGCUGAAAAGGCAGAUGGGGGUUGGCAUGGUGAAGGCCCUCAACUUUCAGGCAGAGUCAGACACAGACACAAAGCAAGAGGAACAUGACCAAGCUACAGGUACAGGGGACCAGAGAGAGGAGCCUACAGUGUCCGGCUCUACUUGCAAACUCAUCUUCCCGGGCUCUGCUAUGAGUGUGUUUAUCGAGGGAUUCAGGAAGACCUGUGAGGGCCCUAAUCCAAAUUAUAAGCUGAGUGAAAAUUGUGCCUCAAAGGUCAAGAGGGUGACGCAAUUUUUAAACUACAUGGCGAAGAAUGAGACCUACCAGUCCUCUCUCAUUUUCCUGACAGACCAUGACAAAAUAAGGAAAUGGGUUCAAUUCCUCCAGAAGAACAAGGCAAUCACCACAGUCAACCACUACACCUUGACUAUUGGUGCAUUUCUAAAAUAUUCUGAGGAGACCCCUCCACCUGGCUGCCGGUUGACCGUGAACCAAUGGAGGGGGAUCAACCGGUUGAUGAAGGGCAUUAGCAAGUCCAUGAGACGACCAGUUUCCCUUCACCAGGUAAAGGUGAAGGACAACAAGGAAGGCAAGGUGGUGUCGAAAAAGAGCCUGCUGGAGUGCCAGUCUCUUGCCAAGGCAAAAAUCCCUCAAGUGCUGAAAACAUUGGAAGAGACAAGGACACAGAGGAAUCAGUACCGGUUUUAUGGGUACCUGUGUGCCUACUUUACAUCCAUAUACGGCCACAGACCAGGCCUAUAUAAAAACAUGUUGGUGAAAGAGGUGGAGGAGGCAAAAUGUGACCAGUCUGGGAUGUAUCUGAUCAAUGUGGGAGAACACAAAACAAAUCGGGAGUACGGCAUGGUCCAGAUGUCGCUGACGAAGGAGGAGUACAGUUGGUUUUCCGACUUCCUCAAAUUCAAGCACUGUCUCUUAGGGGGAAAGAAGGCCCAGCACUUCUUUUUCAAUUCCACAAACACUCAGAUGAAGAACCUGCCUGCCAACCUGAGGGAGGUGUGGAAGGAGAUGGGUCUGCCCGAAUGUCCUUCGUUCACUGACCUGAGGACCUCCAUUGUCACUCAUGUAAAAAACAUGCUCCCAAAGGUUGACAGGGAAAGGGUGGCCAACUUCAUGUGCCACAACAUCCAGACGGCAGACAAAUAUUAUGCCAUGAAUUUAAAUCCAACCCAAGCAAAUGAAACCAGGGCACUCUUUGAGGCUGCACUGAAGGGGGAAGAUAACACAGUCGCCGCAGAGAACCAGCCCUCCACCUCAGGAGAAAGAAAGCAGAAGGUGAGAGAGGAUGCCUCCCUCUCCGACGGGAGCACCACCCCUGAAGAGACCAAGGUGGUGUACCAGGAGUCUGGCACGUCCUCCGGGGACUCGGAAGAGGAGGAAGAGGAUGAAGAUGAGGAACAGAUGGCCAGACAACCUCCAGUAAGAUGAGCUAUUCUGACAGGA